GAAUCCGCAGCGACUGCUGCAGUUUAUCAGAAUGGUAAAGUUACAGGUUAGAGGUUUUUGUUGUGUUAAUUAAAUAAUCCAAACCUAAUUAAAGUUAGUUGUUUUACGUAACAAUGUGCCAGCGAGGUCACUUCCGGGUUCGUUCCUGUUUUCCGGUUCGACGGGAUGCCGCAGAUCCAGGUUCUGAUUUCCUCUGAGCUGCAACCAUCAGUGCCGCCAACUGAGCCUCAGAGCCCAACCGCAGGUAGAACAGUUCUUAAAGGACAGCCGGCCCGUCUGUUAAGGGUCAGAGGUUCAAGAACGCUGCUGAUAUCUGCUUAUCUGGAGCAUCGGACAACACAGACAGAGGUUCGGGUUAUUGCGAUAAAGUUGCGACGUGAGACAGUCGUCCUUCAGUGCCUCCUGCGCUGCCAGGAUCAGCAGCUCGUCUCUAAAGCUGCCAUUAGGAUCCACAGGGAUCAUUUCCGCUUCCCCUACGGGACGGCGGACGUCCUGUGCCCCGUCCCAUCAGGCUGUGAGGCGCCAACGCACGUCGCCAUCGCCCCAGAGCCAAUCAAAGACCAAGAAAAAUCUGAGCUUGAGUUUCUGGAGAUUAAGAAUCAAAAAGCUCUGACCAGCUCAUUUCCUCACAACUUCACCUGCUGCUUCUCUGCCAUGUAUAACUUCACCAACGUCCUGCAGCUGGUGCAGAAUUUGGAGAUGCUUCAGUUACUGGGAGUGAACAGAGUCGUUGUCUACAAGACGAACUGCAGCGCGGAUGUUCAGCGAGUUCUGGACUAUUACUCACACAAAGGUCUACUGGAGGUGAUUCCUUGGUCUCUGUCAAAGUACCUGAAUGUUUCUCGAAGAGCUCGUCCAAGUCAAAGUCCUGGUGACCUUCACUACUUCGGUCAGAUCCCGGCGCUCAACGACUGCCUGUACAGAUCCAUGUACCGGUCCAAAUACGUGGCGCUGCAUGAUCUUGAUGAGCUCAUCCUCCCACAGUCUGUCAACAGCUGGACGGAGUUGCUGCCGCUGCUGGAGAAGAAGUACGGCGCUGACAGGUGUUACCUCUUUCAGAAUAGCUGGAUCCCCACCGAGUUUGCGUUGCCUCCUCCGAAACCCAAAGCUCUGCCUCCACAGGACCAGUGGCAGAACGUAUCGGGUGUGAACAUCCUGGCUCACUUCUACAGAGAACCCAUCGUCCCCAGAUUAAGAUAUCGCAACUUCAAGGUCAUCGUCAACCCCAGAGCGGUGUUUGCCACAUCCGUCCAUGGAGUGCUGAAGGCGAAGAAAUCCUCCGUCUGGGUGAACAGAAAAAUAGCCCGCAUGUACCACAUAAAACCUCGGGGACAGACCAGUCUGAAGCCACAGAGUCUGAUUUAUGAAGGCCGCCUGCUGAGCUACAGCGCUGACCUUACUCCUGCUGUCAACGCUGUUCUCAGUGACACUCGACUCCUUCAGACGGCGUGAACUGUCAUUUUUAUUCCACACUGAUAUCUAUUCAUCGUUUUUGUUUUUGUUGCCAUGCCAACUACAUUUUUCUUCCUGAAAAACUUAAAGCUCACAAACACUCCCCUGCUGGUCUGAUUUGCAUGCAGCUCUCUGCUCUGAUGUGCUUCAUAUUUUC